AUGGAUGGGAUCCUGAGCCGUAAGAUGGCUAACGUUCUUUGGGGCUCCAAGCAAUCCUACAAGCUGGGUCCGGCUGCAAUUCGAGAGGUCAAGGCAAUUAUCCAUAGCCUACAAACUGAGGAAUGGAAGAUUUUUAUUUCCCAGAUGAUCCCUCGCGACCACCAUUUCGAGUCCUUUGGCGAUGCUAGUUUUAUUGGGGGCGGCGCUUAUUCUGCGUCCCUGGACUACUGGUUUCGUGUUGUUUGGAGUAAACAUAUUGUGGCAGGUACUAAGUUAAAGCCCUCCGACGCAUCUUAUAUCCACAUCAAUGUGUUGGAGUGCCUCGUUUCCUUCCUGCAGGCAGUGGCCCUUGUCGUGACCAUCGAGUCUUCCGCGCUCUCUGCUCCCAUCCGUGAUUUGUUCCCAAAUGGUAUUCCGGCGUUCCCGGUCCUUCGUUGUCAUACGGACACCACUGCGACGGUGUCUUGGGUCCAUGACACAUGGACCACCAGUCCGUUGGCUCAGGCCUUGGUUGCGCUCUACGGCCAGCUCUUGAAGAGAUCUACCUUGGUCUGCCACACGGUGCACAUCCCUGGCGAUGGCAAUGUCCUCGCUGAUUGGAUUUCUCGCCCCAACUCUCUCUCACAUGAACGCCUUUUUCUGCAGACAUCACAGAAGUAUCCUUGGAUGAACGCCUUGCGCAAUUUCCAGCCCAUCGACUUGGCGGUGGGCAAUACCGUCAAGGGCAAGCCCAUCAAAGCAGCGACCAUCGGCAACUACCUUCGUGAUACAGCUACCCUUCUUGAAAACUUCUGUGGUCGAGAUCCCCGCUACACUAAUCGCUCUGACAAUGAGUUGGCGCUUCCCCUCCGCGCUGUUCUGAACGAAUGUAAGCGUCAUGAGAAUAUGCCUCAUCGAGUCGACCCCUAUACAAUUGAGAUGCAUACCACCCUGGUGGCUCGGAAUACCGCUACAACCGCACAUAUGGAUGGUUUACAUCGUGCUAUGGAAGAUUGGUUUAACCUGAGUACCUAUUUAGGUUUUCGCCUUCGCGAAUGGGCCCAGGAGGAUGAUUACCGUCGCCUGGCUUCCGGUGGCGAGAUUGCCCCGAAUGGUACGAAACGCGCUUUCACUCUCGAUGAUAUUCGUUUGUUCGACUCGGGAACCCGUCCUGUUUCGAUUGCUGAGUUUAUCGAGAAUUUUGAUGCCGUGGCCCGCUCCAAUGUCAAGUUCUCUUGGCAAAAGAACCAUGAUCACGGUGAGGAAAAACUGCUUUCCAGCACUCCUCGUAACCCUUCCCGUGACGCUCUGCGGAGUCUCCAUAACAUUGUCAGCCGAUUUGCACGGAUUGUCGGCCUGGAUAAGACCGAUAUCCCACUUGCAGUGUACAAAGGGUCCUUUGGUGAAAAGUUUUUCAUCCACAGCAAAGUCAUUGCUUCCACCCUUCGGACCUUGGCCAAGAAGACUUACAACCUGACUGAUCGCGAUCUUCAGCGACAUUACAAAUAUACGUCCCACUCUCUUCGAGCUGGGGCGGCAGUGAUCCUUCACGCUGCGGGUAUCAACGCUAUCCAGAUCAAAUUUCUCUUGCGCUGGCGCUCUGAUUCCUUUUCCUUUACCUUCGCAAUGUUGCACACCUUUCGGAGCAACAAAACCGGGCAAUUAACCAACAUGCCUCGGCUCCUCAGUCUGAAGUGA